AUGUUUCCAGGACUCAUUUCCUUUUGUUCCCACUCGGUGGAAAGACCCUCCGGGUCUUGGCUGAGUCAGUUCGUCCCAAAUUCUGCCACACGAGUGAUCUGUCCCCCGCGACACCGCCCACCACAACUCUAUAUAACCCGCGUCUGUCUCUUCGUCUUCCUCUUCUUUUUCUUUUCUUCUCUAGCUCUCUUUGCCUUUUGGCUUAGAUCAAGUGUAGUAUCUGUUCUUUUCAGUUUAAUCUCUGAAAGGUCUCUAAGGAGACCAAUCGUGAUUAUUCUUAUUUUUGGCUUUAGGGAAGAGUCCUCUGUGCUUGCACACGACUCAUCCCACAGUGUCCCUGGUAUUACACUGCCUCCAGGCGACGCGAACCUCUUUUUUCAUUGUAUGCCCUGGCUUGUUCAGGGGUAUGAAGAAGAAACUGCUUUCCCAGAUGUACUCAGCUGUUAG